CCGAAGCUGCUGCUGCUGCCCUUGUUGCUGCUGCUGUUCAACCAGACUCCUCCCCAGGGCAGCCCUGGACCGCUGCAGUGCCACGGCGUCGGGCCCUUGGGCGACUUGAACUGCUCGUGGGACCCUCUGGGGGACCUGGGAGCGCCCUCCACGCUGCACCUCCAGAGCCAGAAGUACCAUUCCAAAAGAAACUGGACGGUGGCACUGUCAGCAGGGCAGAGCUGGGUGACCAUUCCACGGGAACAGCUCACCUCGUCUGAUGAACUCCUUGUCUGGGGGACUGAGGGGGGCCGGCCUCUCUGGCCCCCAGUCUUUGUGAACCUGGAAACUCAAAUGAAACCAGACGCCCCCCGGCUCUGCCCUGAUGUGGACUUUUCAGACGAUGACCCCCUGGAGGCCACUGUCCAGUGGACCCCACCUGCGUGGCCGCCCCAUAAGGUUCUGGUAUGCCAGUUCCACUACCGAAGAUGCCAGGAGAUGGCCUGGACCCUGCUGGAAGCAGAACUGAAGUCCAUACCCCUGACCCCUGUUGAGAUCCAGGACCUGGCGCUAGCCACUGGCUACGAGGUGUCUGGCCGCUGCCGAAUGGAGACAGAAGAGGACCUGUGGGGCGAGUGGAGCCCCAUUCUGUCCUUCCAGACUCUGCCCUCUGAUGUGUGGAUAUCGGGAAACCCCUGUGGGACACCAGGCGGACAAGAACUUCUGCUUCUGUGGAAGGCCCCGGGGCACUGCGUGCAAGCCAGCUACAGAGUCUGGUUCCAGGUGGAAGGUCAGGAGCGGAUCCAGGAGGGGACCCCCUGCUGCAGCUCCUCCCUCCCCCCCCAGGCCGAGUGGGCCGCGGUGUCCGUCAGCGUCAACGCCGCGAGCGGGGAGCCGCUCACCAACCUCUCUUUGGCCUGCUUGGGUCCAGGCUCUGCCCCCCGUGGCGUGGUGGUCAGCAGCAUUGCUGGGAGCACAGGGCUGCUGGUGACUUGGCGACAGGGGCCCGGGGAGCUGCGGGAGCAUGUGGUGGACUGGGCUCGAGACGGGGACCCCCUGCGGAACCUCAGCUGGGUCCGGCUUCCCCCCGGGAACUUCAGCGCUCUCCUGCCAGGGAACUUCGAAGCGGGGGUCCCCUACCGAGUCACGGUGACGGCGGUGUCGCCUGGCGGCGUGGCCCCUGCGCCCUCGCUCUGGAUGUUCAGAGAGGAACUGGCACCCACGGCGGGGCCCGCGCUGUGGCGACUCCAGGAUGCCCCCCCGGGGACCCCCGCCGUGGCGUGGGGAGAGGUCCCCAGGCGCCAGCUCCGGGGCCAUCUUACCCACUACACCCUGUGCUCGCAGAGUGAGACCGGGCCUUCUGUCUGCGCGAAUGUGAGUGGCACCACCCGGAACAGCACCCUGCCCGACCUUCCCUGGGGUCCCUGUGAGCUGUGGGUGACAGCGUCCACCAUUGCAGGACAGGGCCCACCAGGUCCCAGCCUCCGACUUCACCUUCCAGAUAACACCCUGAGGUGGAAAGUCCUGCCAGGCGUCCUGCUCCUGUGGGGCCUGCUCCUGACCUGCUGUGGCAUGCGCCUCGCCACCUCUGGAAGGUGCCUGCACCUGCGGCACAAGGUGCUGCCCCGCUGGGUCUGGGAGAAGGUGCCCGACCCUGCCAACAGCAGCUCCGGCCAGCCCCACGUGGAGGACGUGCCCCAGGCCCAGCCCCCGGGGGACUCGCCCAUCCUGGAAGUGGAGGAGGUGGAGCCGCUCCCGGUUAUGGAGCCCCCGCAGGCCUCCACCCCACUGGACUCUGGGUAUGAGAAACACUUCCUGCCCACACCCGAGGACCUGGGCCUCAUGGGCCCCCCACCCGGCCCCAGGUUCUGGCUUGAACUCACCCCAGGCCGAGAGAGGGGUGCUCAUUUGACAGAUGAAGACACUGAGGCUCAGAGAGGCUGAGUCACUUGCCUGAGGACACCCAGCCAGGAAGGGCUGAGAUUGAAGGACGCCUACAGAGAAGGGCCUGGCCCUCCAGGGAAUAUAUGGAUGGAUAAGGGAGCAAAGGGAAAUACAUGAAAUCCAGAAGGGCAGCUGCCUCCCCACGUCUGUCCUGCUGCUGUGACAGGACUGCAGCCGGGCGCGCUCCCGCCCUCCCUUGCAGCUCGGUGCGGCCACGGACCGA